GUCGAUGUAAAAAUGAUGAUGAUGAUGAUGAUAAAUGACGGUGCGCUCUGCUCUCGGUUGCAGACAUAUCAGUGGUUGCAUCCACUGGUUGCUGCUGGUUGCAUCGGUUGCCGCGCUUUUAUUCUGUUGUAUUUGCGUCCGUAGUUCCAGGAGAUAUUACCGAUAUGUGCACGUUUAAAAAAUUAGUUAAAAAAAACAAGAAUCGCAAGGUACAAGGCCAACGAGGCACGGUUGGCACGGUAACCACGGUAACCGCGAACGCCUCACCUAACCAUUAAACCUCCCUACGGAUGCGUCUGUGCGUGUUCUCUGAAUGCAUGAUGUCAUUCGUAUCUCCUCCUGCUGGUCUGACAAGUAGACACACCAGACACACUACUCGAAUCGGCCACGCUUCCACGGUACGUGAGAAGCGCUUGUGCGCGGAGCAUUUAGAAGUGAGCUCUUCACGAACAGGUUGACACGAAAUCCGAUUGUAAAAGUGACCAAUCGAAGGUUGAAUAAGCUCGUCUCGAGAGGUGGUGAUACGAACAGUGUGAUCGACGAGUCGACCUUGUAAUACCGUCAUUUGCAUCAGACCACACGACGAUAAAGGGCCUCUACGCUGCAACGGCUGCUAUGCCAAAUCCUCCCCUAGCAGUGCAGAGUACUCGGUGUUCGUUUUCGUGCCCGCAGUGCUCGCAGCGCCAGGGCGCGACAAGGUGCAAGUGCGUGUGAACAUAAUGGGUUCUGUAUGUGCCGUUCGCUCCUGCAAGAACCGCUCUAUGCACAGAAAAACGCUUUCCUUCUUUCGUUUCCCUCGGGACCCAGACUUAUGCCUGAAAUGGAUAACUCUGUGCAAACGUGCAGAUCUAUGCGUCACUUUUAAAGAACAUGGAUCGGAACCCUUUUACCGAAAGUAUCGUGUGUGCUCCGAUCACUUCCAAGAGAGUGACUUCAAGGACCAAAAGCUGAAGAGUACGGGGCUAAAGAAAAAUACUGUGCCAGCAAGAAACCUUGGCUCCAGAACUGCAAGGCAGAGAAGGAAAGAAUGCAAGAACUCUGGGAACUCGGCAUGUUCUGAAAGAACAACACAGUCAUUGGCACCUGAACCUCGUACUGCCGACUCUCCUGUGGAACUGGAAAUCAUUUCAUUCAAAGUAACAACGGGCAUAGACGUGGAUAAAAAUGCGGGUGCACAUUCAGCGAGUCCUCCAGCAUCACCGGCUUUCGAAUACGAAAAAUCGCCGGACAGUAUGCACCUAGAUGCUUCAAAGAAGGAUGCAGAAAUACCAGCUUGUCCAGACGACUUCCUACUCCGGCGCGAUGGCAGCAAGUCACGUGCCUCCGAAGGCAGUGGCCUCGACCACAGCAACUCGGAAUCUGACAGUGAUGACGAGGUCGCGACAAUGAUGAACAUUGACACGUUGCCAUUAGAGGGGCUCCGCACAUCGCUCCGCGACCUUUACCGUAAGUACCGACGGCUAAAAGCCGUUUAUUUGGAGACGGUUCGUCUGCUCGAAGAGUCUUCUGGUAAGGUGUCGGAGACUGCACAACUGCUCGAAGAAUCCGCUGGCAAGGUCAAACGUCUCGAGGCCACCCUUGACGAGCUAAGGGCACGACAUUGUGAUGCGAGCUGAAGGGUGGAUGUCCAAGGAGAAAGCGAAAGUUUGUGGACCCUUCGACGUCGACUUUCUUGUGCAUAUCGCCCCGUCCACUUCGGAAGUGUGAAGACUUUUGUGGAGUGGGACUGCAAGCGAGUUUGACGUGCAGGCGAAUGUGUGGCAGGUCAAGUUUUGAAGGCUGUCUGCAGUAAAGGUUUCUUCGUCUGUU